AUGUUUAAUGAACGGAAUCACGGAACCAGAAUUGGGUUCUCAAACCGGGUACGUUUACUGUACGUUGUGGCGAUCGAUGGCCAGGGUGAAGUGUUAGAUCCUGUCUACGCCAUCACUCAGCUGAAACGCAACCCGAAAGCUUUCCUCUACAACACAAUCGUAGUACUAUACAACACUUCGUUUGCCGUCUCCGCGUACUAUUUCGAUCCAGUUUGGGGUCGGUUAAUGUCCAUCGAGACGCCUAACUGUUCAAUCUACCCACCAGUCAGUGGGUUGAGUGAUUUGCGAAGUUAUGUGUUGAGUUCCGCCUUCAUUCCCGGAGAAGCUAACCUCGGGGUCAUUUGGACCAUCCUGCUCACGUUGGGUCAUCACCGUAACGCCACAAUACUGAAACCGAUGGGUGUUCAGGCGAGUCAAUUAUUGACUCUUUCGGACGAGGCGAAGUGGCAAUUUACGCUUCUCACCUUCGGACCUCAAGAGCACGCGACGUGUUUCUUCGUGCCUCGGGCUGGUCCUAUACCAAUUGGCUACAUCCUUGUGGAGCCCUUCGAUACCACCACGUGGGUAUGCAUCCUGCUGACAGGGGCCAUCGUCGUGUUGCUUUUGAAGCGAUGUGGUCGCCGCUACCAACAACGAUCUUUGAUGGGGUCACUCCUGAUGCUGCUGCAGAGUGUCCUCACGUCACCGAACCGACUCGCAAGAAGUCAUUUCGAACGACGGUUAUUAACCAUCUGCAUGGUUGGUUGCCUGGUGCUUACGACGAGCUACCGAUCGAUUCUUGUGUCACUCAUCUCUAACCCGGCUUUCUACUCCGAGCUGGACACCGAAGAACAGAUCAACGCCUCUUGCGCUCUUUAUAUGAUUACAGAUGGUACCCUGGGACUGAGCGGACUCCCACAUUUCCGGAACACGUUCGCCGAUGAAGCCAGCUUCCGUGCCGGAAGCUCGUGUGCUUGUGGCAGUUGUUCGCUAGCACGGCUACUACGAAGAUGACCCGAAAUUGCCAACCUUUAUCGCGUCUCGAGGCUACGCGUCCACCCAUUUCCGAUGCUGAUCUCGCUGGUGGACUGUCACUAUCCACCUUUCAAUGCGCUCUUGCAGCUGUAUGUAAGCACCUUUUUCGAGGCGGGAAUCACAGAGAAGAUAUUAAAUGAGGCCAGAGCACGGCUUAGCGAUCGAGAUGAGACAGAGGAAGGUCGUGGCACAAGCUUGGGUAUGCGGCAGAUGACAGUAUCUGAUUUGUACAUUGUUUGGGUGGUGGGAAGCAUUGGCUUGAGCAUUGGCACGUGUUGUUUCUUUAGCGAGAUUUUGCUUAAUUUCAUAAAACACAAAUCAAGAAUUCGAGAAGCAUUUUGGUGUACGCCAGAUAUUCUGGAUAAAAAGUGGAAAACAUUAAAAAGAAAUUUGAAGUUACGAUAA